AUGGGUUUUCGUGGAUUACGAGGUGUUUUGGCGUCGAAUCGUGAUUAUAUCGAAUAUAAUAAACUUGAUGAUGAGAAAAUUGCUAUACAAGAAGAAGUUAAUGGCAAUUCAACAAAAGAUUAUGAUGAAAAACAAUCAACUAAUUCAAUCAGUAGCAUGUCUGAUGAUUAUGAACUUCGGUUAGAUGAAGAAAAGUCCUUAAUAAAGCCAGCAACAACAACAUUUAUUGAGAAUGAUCCAAAAAAUUGGUCAGAUUUAAGGAAGACAACUAUUCUUAUCGUGGUAUCUAUUUCGGGAAUGCUUUCGCCCAUUGCAAACACAAUAUUUUUUCCGGCGAUAUUGGCCGUACAAGAAGAAUUGCAUACUACGGAAACGCUUAUAAACACAGUAGUUGCCGUAUUUGUAUAUAUUAUGGGAAUUGCUCCAUUAUUUUGGGCGUCAUAUUCGGAUUUAAGAGGAACCAGAAGAAAAGUGUAUAUAGGGGCUAGCAUAAUGUUUAUAAUAUCUGCAUUUUUAUGCGCAUUUGCAUCUAACGUUUGGUGGUUAAUGAUCCUUCGUGCAAUACAAGCGAUUGGCUCUUCAGCUGUAUUGUGUAUCGGUGCAGGAACGCUUAGCGACAUUUACGUUCCAACAGAACUUGGCACAGCCUAUGGAUUAUUUUAUCUUGGAUUCUUCAUAGGACCGUUAAUUGGACCAUUGAUUGGAGGAUAUUUGACACAAUAUAUUCAUUGGAGAGCGAUAUUUUGGUUCUUAACGAUAUAUGGAAGUGUAAUACUUUUUAUAAUAUAUCUCUUGCUUCCAGAAACCUCAAGACCAAAACAAACGUCGAAUAUUCCGUUGUCAAAAAUAAAAUCCGAAGAAACAUUAUUAUCACCUUCAAUUUCAGCAAAAAAAAAUUAUAAUCCAUUGGCACCAAUUUCAUUAUUAAGAUAUCCCAACCUUACGUUAGUAAUUUUAUAUAAAAUUUGGGUAACCUCAACGAUUUACGUUCAGAAUAUUCUUAUACCGGAAAAAUUUGCCAUAACCUAUGGGUUAUCAGCUUCGCAAACCGGAUUGGUAUUCUUGGCUCCGGGUAUUGGGUUGAUGAGCGGAAGUUUGGUCGGUGGUAAAUUAUCUGACUAUGUAUUAAGAACAAAAAUGAGAGAGCGUGGCGGAGCUUACGCUCCUGAAUUAAGGUUACAUAGCGCUUGGUUUGGUAGUAUUUUGAUUCCAGUGGCUUACUUUUCUUUUGGUUGGUUGCUCGAAAGUGAAGCGAAUAUCGUAUAUCCGCUAAUCGCGAUGUUUUUGGGUGGGUUUGGAACGUUAAUGGCAUUCAAUCCAACAUCGACUUAUUUAGUAGAUUCUUACCCAACACGAAGCGCAUCUGUCGUGGCAUUAAACAAUUUUAUGAGAGCCUUGGUGGCGGGGAGUAUGUCUGCUCUAGCUGCUCCAUUAAAUCAUUCGAUAGGCGCUGGUUGGAUCUUUACUUUAAUGGCUGGUGUGAAUAUGUUUACUCUAUUCUUCUUGAUCUUGGUUUAUUAUCAUGGUAAAAAAUGGAGGGAAAGAUUACAAUAUGAUAAGUCCACAUUAUAUUCUUGCCUUUUGGUAAACAGAUUUUGGUGUAGUAGCGUAGUGAAAUUUUUAUGGAAACAGCCAUUUCAACUAGUCAAAAGACCAAAUCCAUCUCUCAUCGAAAUCUACACUUCCUCAUUUUCUCAUGCGACUAAAACUUACCUUUUGUCCGAGGGAGUUUAUAUUUCAUCCAUCAAUGAGCCUAAAGUUUUCGAUUAUUCGUCUUUCGUCCGUGGAUUUAGAUUUGAGGAUUUAUACGAGUCAACAUCGUUGUGGUUACAAGAAGGAUACGAAAAAGGACGACAAAUUAGACGUGAACCCGAAGUAAUUGACGAAAAAAGAUACGAUAGCAUAGUAUUCGAUGAUCUACGAAUUGUGAAAUUAGUGGUCCACGAACUUGUUAAACUCUUCUUUUCGAAAAUUCGAGUGCUUGACUUUCUUUCAUUAAACACACAAAGAUUAAUUGGAUUAAUUGAUAGGAGAUUUUGGACACACCAUCCUGGAGACGUUCAAUACACCCCGACGAGUUUCGAGGAAUUUCGUAAUUCUUAUGGUUUUGACGAUUUAUUAAAUAUUCCAAGUUAUCCCGGGGCGAAUGAUUGCCUAAGGUAUUUACAAAAAUUUGAAUACGGAGGUGGUUCGACUGAUGGAAGGAUUAUGCAAGUUCUCUCGGAGAUAUCCAAGAACCUCAAUACUUUGGAGAUAAAUUUUUCGUCAUGGCAAGGAAAAUACCCGGAUCCACAAAUGAUAUUAAGCCUCUUAAAAGCUCAACAUCUGUUACGUCGUGUAAUCUUGCGAAGAGGUACAUCAAACUGUUUACAAGCGUUAAUCGAAGGAUUACACUCUCAGACCAGUUCAUUAAAUUAUUUGGAAUUCAGUGGAACCGAUUUUAGAGGACAUGUUUGUUUGACUCCGGUGGCAGCUUGUGUGAAUUUACAGGUUUUGGUGUUUGACAGAUGCUUAGGGUUAAAUAAUGAUACCGUUGAACCUUUGUCAUUUGCUACCUUUAAAAAGUUAAAGAAAUUUGUGUUUAGAAAGAGCGUUGGGUUCAGAGAUUUGAGAUCAAAUCAUGUGAUUCCCCAAUCAGUUGUACACAUUAUUGGAAAUCACAAUACAGGUAAUACAAUAAGAACCACUUUAAUAAGGAAUGUUUCAAUGGGAAAUCAUUCAUUAGGAAAUCUUUCAAUAGGGAACCUUUCAAUGAGAAAUUCUUCUACUGGAAAUUCAUCUAAUUCAUCGACUAAUAAUUGCCCCAGCUCAUUUAAUCAUCCUUUGUCGAAAAUGAUACAAAACACAUGUGGUUCAUUAAAAGAUAUUAGACUUGGAAGAAAAGUAUGGAAUGUGAGACGACCACCGGGAUCAAUAGCUAGAGGGUCUGGUGAUUUUCCACCUUCAUCUGUUCUCUUAACAAUUUCUAUAUCGUGUCCACAUUUAAAUCUCAUUGAAACUCAUAUUAGCAGAGACAUUCUUCCCCACUUUCUAUCACUUUUAGAAACUUGUCAAUCUCUUCAACAACUUCACAUAUCAAUAGGAACGGAAUUGAUGGAUGAUGAACAAUUCUGGAGAGAUUUAUCUCGAAAACUUCCACAAAGGUUGAAGAAUUUAAUGAUUGUGAUUGAAGGGACGUUUUGGUUGAUGGUAGUGCAUUGGUUACUUGAAAAUUGCAAAGCUCCAUUAGAAAUUUUACAAUUUCCGAGAAGUGGGUGUAUUGAUGAUGAAUACCUUUCUUUGAUUACUCAGUACGCAAGUAGAUUAAGAACUUUAAAAAGAUUGGCUUUAGCCAAAAGGACUAAAGUGACGAAUGAAGGAUUGAGAAAAGCGUUGGUUAUCUUUGAUGAUAUAAGUAGGAAUGGAGAAUUAUCUAUAGAAUAUGAAAUAAUUUGA